ACUGUACAAUCUAAAGUGGACUGCAUUUUGCAAGAAGUUGAGAAGUUUACAGACCUAGAGAAACUCUACCUCUACCUUCAGCUGCCUUCGGGUCCCUACAAUGGAGACAAAAGUGAUCAGAUCUCCAUGUCAUCUAGCCGUGCGCAGCAAAUGCAUGCAUUUUCUUGGAUACGGAAUACCUUGGAAGAACACCCGGAGACAUCGCUUCCCAAACAGGAGGUUUAUGAUGAAUACAAGAGCUAUUGUGACAAUCUUGGCUACCACCCCUUAAGUGCUGCUGAUUUUGGAAAGAUCAUGAAAAAUGUCUUUCCAAAUAUGAAGGCUCGCCGUUUAGGCACAAGAGGCAAAUCAAAAUAUUGCUACAGUGGACUGAGGAAGAAGGCUUUUGUGCAUAUGCCAACACUGCCCAACCUUGACUUUCAUAAAACUGGAGAUGGGUUGGAUGGGACAGAGCCAUCUGGGCAGCUACAAAGUGCUGAUGAGGAGGUUGUCUCCGCGGCCUGCCGGCUUGUUUGUGAAUGGGCCCAGAAAGUGCUAAGCCAGCCUUUUGAUACCGUCUUGGAGUUGGCUCGUUUCCUUGUAAAAAGUCACUAUAUCGGUACCAAGUCAAUGGCAGCUUUAACAGUAAUGGCAGGGGCACCAGCAGGAAUAAAAGGGAUCCCCCAGCCCUCAGCUUUUGUACCUACUGCUGAAAGUAAUUCCUUUCAACCACAAGUGAAAACUCUGUCAUCUCCUGUCGAUGCCAAGCAGCAGCUGCAGCGUAAGAUCCAGAAGAAGCAGCAGGAGCAGAAGCUGCAGUCUCCUUUGCCAGGGGAGUCUCCAGCAAAGAAAACAGAAGGCCCUGCAACCAAUGGCGUGGCCACCCUCUCCAAUGGAAGCCCUGCUAUCCUGUCUCCUCAGCCCAUUGGCAUCGUUGUGGCAGCUGUCCCCAGCCCGAUACCGGUGCCAAGGACCAGGCAGUUGGUGACAUCUCCAAGUCCUAUAGGAUCAUCUGAUAGCAAGGUGCUGCCUCUCAAUGUUCAGGUGGUCACUCAGCACAUGCAGUCAGUCAAACAGUCACCAAAGACUCCCCAGAACGUUCCAGCCAGUCCGGUUGGUGACCGCUCUGCCCGACAUCGCUACCCACAGAUCUUACCGAAGCCAGCAAACACCAGUGCUCUCACCAUCCGCUCUCCCACCACGUUGCUCUUCUCCAGUAGCCCAAUCAAGACUGUUGUGCCAGCUCAACAUGUGAAUUCCUUAAACGUGGUGAAAAUGACAGCAAUAUCUCUAGCUCCAAGCAGCAGUAGUGUGCCUGUCAAACAGACGCCUUCUGUUAACAGCAGCGCAGGAGCAGCAGAAGAAGUGAGGACUGCUCCUCAGAUCAAAAAUGGAUCUGUUGUUUCACUUCAGUCUCCAGGUUCCAAGCCUAGCACUGUGGUAGCUACGUCUGCAGUCAAGAUCAAACUGGAACCAGAAGCGUUGCUGGAUGAGAACCCAGUGCAGGGCCAAGAGAGCUCUGAUGCAUCUAAAUCCGUAAAGGGAGCCCCUGGCCUGCCUGCUGCUCAACAGAUCAAUUUUGAGGUUGCAACCUUGAAAGUUUCAGCUGAUGGUGUUGUGGAGGCAAAAACAGCUAAGGGCUGUGAUCAGGGAGCUGAAGAAGCAAGGACCAAAUACAAAACACAGUCUAAUGAGAUCACACCAGUUUCUUCAGCAGGCAAUAAUCAAAGCACUGUAACGCUGUCAGUUGCCAAUCAAAACUUGUCCAGCACCAGCAUCAGUUCACCUCCUACUGGUGACUCUGCAAAUAAAGACAAAACGUGCACUAAAAGUCCCAGGAAGCGACAGCCUUCUACACUUCAGGAUUCCCAGGUACCACCUGUAAAGAAACCACUGGUGGGGCAGCUUUCAGCUGGUAAUGCUGUGGAGGGUCAAAAAGCCAACAGUGUUAAGAAAGCUCCGCAGGUUGUAUCAUUAGUGAACAGUGACAAUACUGCGACACUUGCUCAAGUUCCCAGCGAUGUAAAUUCUGCAGCUUCAGCAAACUUGGUGGCAGACUGUUCUUUGAAUACCAGUGUAAAUACCAGUGAUGCUACUUUAGAACAGCAGCUUAUAGCAGCAGCGUCUCCAGAUAUAAAAGUAAAGUUGGAAGGAAACAUGUUUAUCAUAGAAGAUGAUUCAAAAUCUGAUGGCAGCUUUAACCCAAAUACAUGGCACCAUAUCACCAAAACUUCUGACUUUGCAUCUGUGAAUUGUGAACAGCAGCAAGAUAUCAGUGUUAUGGCUAUGGCAGCUCAUCCUGGCUCCAGUGACUUACCUGAGUCCGCCUGGGAGCCAGUGCACUGCGAAGGGAUCCAGGCAGAUGUGUACAGCCAGCAGUUGCAGAGCCAGAUCCAGGACUCCUCCCUGGGGCAGAUCCAAGCACAGUCUUCAAAUCAGUUACCUCUGCAGUCGGAGCUGAAGGAGUUUGAACACGCGGUCCCUCAGUCGAAUGAAAACUUCUUUUCGUUUGACGAUGACCUUACCCAGGACAGCAUUGUGGAGGAGCUGGUGCUAAUGGAAGAGCAGAUGUCCUUGAGUAAUUCUCAUCCUUACAGUGGCUGUCUAGGAAUGGCACUUCAGACUCAGCCAGCAGCUCCGGGAGCUCCCGUGUCAUCUCAUCCAAGCAGUGCGCACUUCUACCAGAACGUGUCGCGGGAGAGCCCGUGUUCCCGGCUGGCCCAGACGACUCCGGUGGACAGCGCGCUGGGCAGCAGCCGCCACACGCCCAUUGGCACGCCGCACUCCAACUGCAGCAGCAGCGUGCCCCCGAGCCCCGUGGAGUGCCGAAACCCCUUUGCCUUCACUCCCAUAAGCUCCAGCAUGGCCUACCACGACGCGAGCAUCAUUUCGAGCAGCCCCGUGAAGCCGAUGCAGCGGCCUAUGGCCACCCACCCCGACAAAACCAAGCUUGAGUGGAUGAACAACGGGUACAGCGGUGUCAGUAACUCUUCGGUUGCAAACCAUGGCAUUCUCACGAGCUAUCAGGAGCUAGUGGAAGACCGUUUCAGGAAGCCUCAUGCUUUUGCAGUUCCCGGCCAGUCAUACCAGGCUCAGCCGCGGCACCAUGAUCCUCACUUUGGCCGUGUGACUCCUGUGUCGCCUGUGCAGCACCAGGCAGCCCCUGCCAGCAGCACUGCCAAGCAAGAGGGCUUUGCCGUUCCUGCUCCUCUGGACAGCAAAGGAGCUGGAUCCUCUCUCAACAACAGCCUGCGGUGCCGGAGCGUGAGCCCCGCUGUCCAUCGCCAGCGUAACCUCAGUGGCAGCACUGUCUACCCUGUCUCAAAUAUACCACGCUCUAACGUGACACCGUUUGGAAGUCCCGUGACUCCCGAAGUUCACAAUGUAUUUACUAAUAUCCCUGCAGACACCAGUGCCAAUAACAUAGCUCAAAGAAGCCAGUCAGUCCCAUUGACUGUGAUGAUGCAGACGGCCUUUCCGUCUCUUCAGAAACAAACAAACACUAAAAAAAUAACCAAUGUGUUGUUAAACAAACUUGAUUCUGAUAGCGAUGAUGCAGUGAGAGGUUUGGGAAUGAAUAACAUGCCCUCGAAUUACACAGCCAGGAUGAAUCUCACUCAGAUUUUAGAAACAUCCACUGCUUUUCCUAGUGCCAACCCACAAAAUAUGAUCAAUUCCAGCACUUCAGUUUAUGAAUUCCAAACACCAAAUUACCUCACGAAAAACAGCAGCACCGAUCAGAUCAGUUUUUCUUCUGGAGAUAACCAAGCACAAUCAGACAUUGGAGAGCAGCAGUUAGAUUUCAGCAGCACUGUAAAAGACCUUUUAGGGGAGGACAGUCUGCCAACCAACCAGCAGCUGGUGAAUCAGGUGGCAUCAGAUCUCAAUAACGUUGCAUCUGUCUUUUCCAGCGACAUCAGGUUGUCUUCCGACCUCUCAGGCAGCAUUAAUGAUCUGAACACUUUAGAUACAAACCUACUGUUUGAUCCAGGUCGUCAGCAGGGACAAGACGAUGAUGCUACACUGGAGGAAUUAAAAAAUGACCCCUUGUUUCAACAAAUCUGCAAUGAAUCCAUUAACUCAAUGACUGCAUCCGGUUUUGAGUGGAUGGAGAGUAAGGAUCAUCCUGCUGUUGAAAUGUUGGGUUAAUUUUGUUUUAUAGUAUGUAUGUAGCACACUGUAUCUAAAAGACAGACGUAUUGUAUUUGUCUUAAUGGAAGUGCCUCCUGCAGCAGAAACACUUGCUAUGUAUUGUGGCAUUUUAAAAGAAAAAAAAAAGUUUGCUGUACCAGUUGCUCACUCUUCAGCAGGGAAAAGGCAGUCUUACCAAUUUUAAAUAGAUCUCUGAAGAUGAUGGGCUAUCAAAGAGCCAGUAUUAACAUUAGAAUUUUAUAGUGUUCCCACACACUGUUUCUUACCGUAGCAAAUAACGGAGUGGUUUAACAGCGAGCCGGCAUUGACACCUAUAGCUGAGGCUUUAGGAAGGCUGCAAGUCCAGCUCGUUACUAGGCUUUCCAUACUUUGUGUUGCUUGUUAUUUCUUAGCAGAUAAUUCUUACAGACCUUGGGCAUUCAGGUCUGCAAUGCAGGGUGC